AUGUCAUCUUUGACUGGAAGAGGAGACAGAUUUACAGCCUCGGUCAGAGGAACACUGAAGAACUCAGAAGUGCACCAUCACGGUGACUCCGCCGUCUUUCCAUCAACUCUCACCGGGAAGGACUGCCAACCUAAAGAGCGCCCCGCGCCCGAGGGUGCCGGAGGUGUCCAAGGCGACCCGUAUCGGAAUAUGUGGCCGAGAGGCGAAGCCGUGCCGUCAUACAGGACCUUGACAGGGAGCAUCAGGAGUUCCCUGUCCUCUGGAAACGGGACUUUGAGCAGAGGCAGCAUGUCGAGGAACCCCGGCUUUGGGAGGUCUGACAGGAAAGUUGCGUGUUGUGAGAAGUGCUCAGCGACCCUUGUUGCUCUGAAGAAACAGGCUCUGAGUCUGGCGGUGCACCAUCACUUCUCCUACAAGGACUCUGGUGACCUGUCUAUGUUCCUUCAUGACAACCUUCGUGUCCAUAGUCGCUCCACCAAUGAAUCCAGAGAGCGAGAGAGGGAGCUGGGUGAGUGUGGGUCCUGUGGGGUGACCCUGAACCAUCUCAAACAGGAGGCUGUCCUCUUAGCUGUGGGCAGGGGUCAGUCAAUAGCGAAGCCAUCCUUUGAACCCAGCUUUAGCAUCGGUUCACUGCUGGGACAGAGUGAGACAAAGCAUGGAGACCGAGCUCGACGCGAGACAGCCAAUCAGUCACGCAGUCUCACCCAGAGCCCUCACAGCCCACGAAGUCCAAGAACACCUCAGAGAACCCCUCAAAGGACCCCCCAGAGGACCCCUCAGAGUACCCCUCAAACCCUCAGACGUAGGGGGCCAAAACCGGUGAAUGUGGACAUGGACCGCUGGGUGGAGGAGCAGCAGCAGCUGGUGGCGUCUAAAUCUGUGUCCAACACUGAUGGUGUCAGCAUGCAUCCUUACCGUCAGGCUGCAGAUGAUGCUACGCUGGCCUGUGGUGACAUUGGGACUGUGCAGACAAACUCAAAGAUCCCUCACAUAUCCAGAGUGGUGAACAUUGCCAACACGGCUGCAAUGUCUCUUUUAGCCAGGGCAGCCGAGAAGCUCAACCUGACACUGAGGAAAAAAGGCCAGGCUUCUGAUCCAGCUCCCGCUCAUUUCCCCACAUGCUUCAGGGAGAUGAUCCAGAAAAACCCACCGCCUGUACCCUCCUGCCUGCUCCAAGCUGCCACAAGGACCAAAGACUCGCCGAAUCUUGGCAAGGUCAAAGUCGUGCUGAGGGUGAACCCAGCUCUGUUCACGGGCCAAAGUCAACCACCUGUUCUCCGUGUUGAAUCGUCCAAGAACAGAGUCACUAUAGUGGAGCCAAUCAGCAGAGGCAAAACACACUCUACAAUGACUCUGGACAGGGAGGGAAAACAUCUUGUGAAGACCUUCAACUUUGAUGCUGCUUAUCCUCAGGAGUCGAGCCAGGCUGAGGUGUGUGCAGGCGUCUUGGCUGACGUCAUCCGCUGUGUGCUCAGCGGCAGCGAUGGAUGCGUUCUGGGUUUGGGAUGUGCUGAUGUGGGCUCCUGGUCCAGCAUGGUGGGGAGCAGUGAGAGCAUCCAGAAGCUCGGGCUGAUUCCCUUUGCCAUCUCCUGGCUGUACAGUGCCAUCGAGCGAAAGAGGGAGAAAACCUGGACCGAGCUGACGGUGUCGGUGUCUGCUAUAGAGCUCUGCUGUGGAGAGGAGGACACUCUGAGGGAUCUGUUAGGAGAGGUGGUCCCCUCAUCAGGCAGCAUCCACGACAGUCCAAAGGCUCACAUAAGACUCCUGGAGGACCCCGUCUAUGGAAUACAGCUACGUAACCACAACCGAGUGAAAGCUCCAACUGCCGAGCGAGCUGCUUCCCUCCUCGACGCGGCCAUCGCAGCCCGUCGUCACAAUGACUUCAUCACAUAUCUGUCCCACAGCUCCAUCAUGUUUUUCACCCUCUACAUCCAACCCCCUCGCACAGAGAGCAGCACCAUCGGCAAAGGUGCACGUGGGCCCACGAAGCUGACCAUGAUAGAUGUAUGUAGCGGUAUGAGGGGGAUGAGACAAAAUAAGCCUCCUUUUUCUGAACUGGGACCAGUGGUCUUGGCUCUACUGAGUGGACAGAAAACCAUCCCCAACAAGGGGAGUAAGCUGACCAUGCUCCUUCAAGAGUCCUUGGGUCAUGUAAAUUGCCAUACCACAGUGGUUGCUCAGGUUGCUGAUUCUUUGGCACAUCUUCAGGAGACGUUAUCCACCAUCCAGAUGGCUUCUCGCAUGCGAAAGACACAGAAAAGGACAAAGUCCACUUCAUGCUCUCCCUGUGGAAGGAGUCUGACAAGAGAAAAAAGAGGUCCUACCACUUUCUCCCUGCGAGCCUUUCACUCUACCGAGGAGGUAGAUGUUGACGUCCCUCGUUUCCGCCUGCGUGGAGAAGUGGGCGAUCACUCCAGUAGUGACCAGUCCUGUGACACCGUCAUCCAACUGGACUCAUAUGGCUUGGUCCAGUCCAAAGCAACCCCAAGACUGACACAACCUGAGUUUGUUCCUAUUAUACCUUCUUUGCAUCCAAACAAAGCUGACAUGGAGGAUCCAGAGUUUACCGCUCUGCUCCAAGAGCUUUUAAAAAUACCUCAGCUGCAGGGAGCAAAGAAGAAAGAGGAGACAGUUCAAGGGAGUAUGGACGUGCUGAAAGGAGAUUUGAAGCAACCAGGGAGGGACUGUCUGAAAUGUGACACAUUUGCUGAGCUUCAAGAGCGUUUGGGCUGUAUUGAUGGAAGUGAUAUGGAUGUGUUAAAAUCUUCCUCAAAAGGCCCUCCAGUUAAUGACAUAGCAAGCAAAUCACAACCCUCCAAUGAAGCAGGGAAGCAGGCAGAUGCUGCAUCCUCAGAUGCACCACAGAAACAUCUGGAUCAGCCUUUAGGCUGCAGCAAAACUUCAGCCGGAGAGCAGCAGACAGACGGAGCCUUACCUGGAGACAGUUUUCAGAGGGAAGAUUCAGGCCUGUAUGACUGUGAGGAGUGCAGUGGAACCAGUUCCAGCGAGGAACUCCUGAACCAAACUCGGUCUGAGCUGCACAAAAGUGGAGCGCCUAAAUCUGAGGAUGUGAAUACUCAGAGUACAGCUGCCAAAAAUUCUCCUGCACAUCAGCCAUCAAACAAACAGGAGAGUCCUGAAGCUGCCGAAUGGUUCAAACCGGACAAAAGAUCCUCACCAAUCGGCAAAAGCUCCCCCAUAUCUCCUUCUUCUACCUGCUCCUCUUCUCACUCCAAUGUCAUACUAGGAGAUGUCUUACCAAAUCGCUCCACCGAGGAUGUUAAGGAAAUGAAAGCCACUAUCACAGUAACAGUUCAACAGCCACUGGACCUCAAAGGUCAAGAUGAGCUUGUCUUUUCGAUGGUGGAGGAAGUCACCAUUAGUGGGGCACUGGACAGAGGGAGAACAGGGGGGAACAUCAUUUGUAUCAGGGACAGUGCGCAGGCACAGGUUCAAGGGUCUGCUAGCUCACAGCCAAUCAGGAUCAUCAGCAAUGUCACUGAAGAAUCGGCAGCUGGAAGUUCCUCGGUUGCAAACAACGGCCCUCCGGCUCAGUCUGGUGCAAAGCCUGAACAAGACUUCAGGAGAGAAAUGAGGUUCCUGCCUUCUUUUAUAAACCCCAUGCUGAUAGAUACAGACAUGAAUUGUGAGCUGGACUGUGCAAAAGAAAAAGACUCUUUUCCAGAAGUCAGGUCAUCAUCAGAUUUUAGAGGUAAUAAUAUGAAGUGUCAAGAGCAUAGUAAGGCUGUAAAGCAGAGGACUGGUGCUGUUGAUUCUGAGACACAUGCCAAAAAGCCUGAAAAAGUGCAUGGAUCACGUUUUAGUCGAAGCUCUGAUGACCUAUUGGGGUUGGAAGACUCAGCAUUCUGCAAUGAAGCUGCAGAAAACAAAAUGCAUGGAAAGAGAACCAGGAAUACAGACAAGAGUCACUCAAGAGACAAGGAGCAUGUUUACUCUAAUAGCUCCCCAAGGGGAUCUGAAGGCGGCGAUGUCAGCUCCAGACGUGUUGGAAAUGGCCCCAAGGGAGACGCUGUUGCACCUGGUAGCCUGGAAACUGUCCCUGCUUACUUUAAAACAGGUAGUCUGCCUAGAGGCUGGCAAAAUGCCAAUCUCAAGGACGGCUACCAUGAUGCGCUCAUGAUGGAGUAUCACAGAGACCCAAGGGGGGUGACUUCAUCCACUUCAUCCAAUCCUUGCAGCCCUGGGGUGACUCUAGAGAGGAGGCAAGGCAGACAGCACUCCCCAAUGAGCCACCAUUCCUCCUCUCCUCGGAGAUAUGGAGCAGAGUAUAAACAGCAUGCUCCUAAAAAGGGUGUUGAACCUUUGUUUGAGAUGUCUAGUGUCAGAAUAAAACAUGAAAACCUGAGGCUUAUGUCACCAAUAGAGGAUGGUGAUAGGCUUUUCAAACUGGAGCAUUUGGGUAGCAGGUCUAGUUCACUCGGUAGAUCCUCAAGAGACUUUCCAAACCUUGACAGAGGAAGUAGCAAUAACUCUCUGAGCUCUAAAGGCAGCUCUAAAGGAAGCAUUGAAGGAGCUUGUAAGCGAGGUUAUAAAGGAGUUAAUGACGACGAUGGGUCAUUACCCAGGGCUGGCAGGAGCACAAGGAAGAACCCUCGAUCUGAGCAGUCUCAUCAUUCUGAAACCCAUUCUGCUCGGUAUAUCCACUCCAAGCUUUCUGCUGUAGGGAAGCUUAAGAUGGCAAGCCCUAAAGUCCGUCGACUGUCUGCUCCAAGCAUCAAGAACCUCAGUUUACCCCAUAAAAGCCUGCGGCAGUCUGUGAACCGCAGUGCCAGCCUGUCUCCAGACAGUAAAACUGUCAGCUUUGAGCAGACAUCCUGCUUUCUCUCCUCUUCCCCUCCUCACUCCUACCGCUCAAUCAGUCGCACUCCAAGCCAGAGCUCCACAUGCUCCUCCACGAAAUCCGCUAUCCAGGGGUUUGUCAGCGGACGCAUCACAGACCUCUUCAAGGAGAGAUCUUCCAGCCCCACUUUAAGCGGAUUAGACCUAAUGGCCCCGCUUCCUUCACCAUACAGCCGAGUGACAGCUCCCCGCACGCCCGAUCACCUCAGCGGGCAUGCCAGUGACACCACCAGUGUGUUAAGUGGAGAUUUGCCCCCAGCUAUGGGGAAAACAUCCCUGCAUUUCUCCAACAGGAACAGUACGGUGAGCAGUGGGUACGAUAGCAUGAUGAGGGACAGUGAAGCCACAGGCAGCAGCACGUCAACCAGAGACUCUGUCAGCGACCGCAGCGGCUCUCUGCUCAGUGUAGCUCGCAGCAGUCGAUCGUCCCGGAGGAGGGGGAACACAGGUUCUCACCAUCGUCGUCUUUCCCAUGAUACACCGCUGUCCGUGAGACGCUCGUCUAGUGGACUGAGGUCUCGCUGGGUGGACCGGGGAAUCCCGGAGGCCUACGAGAUCAAGGUCUAUGAGAUCGACAAUAUACAAGGGAUGCAAAAAAGAGCAGGUGCUGACAAACAGGAGUCGGCCUGCUUCAGUGCCAAACUGAAGUUUUUGGAGCACCGACAGCCGAGGAUCUCAGAGGUCAGAGCCAAAUACGACGAGCUGAGGAGAGAGCUAGAACAGGCAAAACAAAACCUCAUGCUGGAGCCCGACAAGUGGGACCAAGAGGUUUCACCUUGCUGUCCCUCCCCAGUUGACCUGUGGCAGACCUUCGAGGUGGACUCCCUGGAGCAUCUGGAGGCCCUUGAAGCAGUGACAGCUCAGCUGGAAAAGAGGCUCAACAUCUGCAAAGCCAAUGUUAUGAUGGUCACCUGCUUCGAUGCUUCUGGCACGAAGAGACGGCGUGAGAGGAGACGACAAAAAACACCAGAGAAGAAAGCCUUAAAGGGAAUAUGA